AUGUCAACUAAUUCACAUUCUCAAGAUGAAUUUGAAGAACAUGAUUCACCAUACCAUGAUGAACCACAUCAAGAUAAAUCUUACCCAACUGAAUUGUCAUCCCAAGUAGAACUUUCAACUUGCGAUAAAGCAAAUGAAGACAUGGAAGUAUUUUAUAAAGGCAAAAAGAAGUGCCACAUGUGGUAUUUGCAACAAGCUGCUAGCCUAUAA